CGGCGACGUCUUAAACUGAAUUUGCGAGGCAAUUAAUUGAAUUAAUUGCUUUUCCUACAGCUGUAGUGCAAUGAUAUGCCGCCUGUGCCUGGACGAUGCUGAGCACAGUGUGCCAAUCUUUGACCAGGAUGACUCCGGCGAUCAGCCAGUGCCCUCCAAUCUAGCGGAGCUAAUUGAGAAACACCUGCAGUUGGUGCUCCUGCCCAACGAUGGGGUGUCCAAGAGCCUCUGCACCCAGUGCUGGCAGCAGUUGGCCGACUUCGAGCAGUUCUGCGCCAUGGUGAUGAAGAAACAAUUGGGCCUGCAGCAACUGAAGAUGGAGCCGUUCUCCGAGGACGAGGAUGCGGACACUAAGGCGCAGAUCCUGUGCGAACCGGAGAUCGAUGUGAGUCCCGCGGCCGCCGACAACGAAGAGUGCAACGAGAUCGACGGCGAUGCCAGCAGCAACAGCAGAAGCAGUAGCAUUCGCACCACAUCGCUACGAGAAAUGCGCCUGCCGUCGCCCAUUAGACGCCGUAUGCGUCUACCCCGGGCAGUCACAGCACCCAAAACUCAGGCUGUCAAGGCCAAGGCCAGGACGAAGACCCACAAGGCCGAGGCGGACGAGGAUGAGGAUGCCGAAGGCGAGGGCGAUCCAGAGAGCCGCAGCAGCAAUAGCCGCGAAAUGGACAGCUAUAUCGCUCUGCACGGUCGUUUGGAGUGCUGCAUUUGCGGCGGCGACGAACAGUUUCCCAAUUUCGCCGAGAUGAAGCGGCACUUCCGGAAUCAUCACCAGUCCCUCGGUUAUGUGGUCUGCUGCCAGCGGCGCUACAAGAAGCGUGCCCUCUACGUGGACCACCUGCACAUGCACAACGAUCCGAAUUACUUUAGGUACUUGACCAGCCCAGGCAAUUGAUUGAAUCCCCCUACUAAUGAAUGAACUGUGCAGGUGCAAGAUCUGCUCCAAGCAACUGGUCAGCCGGAUUAGCUACGAUGUACACAUGCUACGCUUCCAUCCCAACAAGGACGACCUAAGCUUCGCGUGUGAUCAGUGCUCAAAGCGGUUCUCCAAGCAGUUCCUUCUCACCAUUCACUCCAGGGUGCACCAGCAGGAGCGCAAUGAGCAGUGCAAGCACUGCGACAGAUCCUUUCGCACCGCCGUUGACCUGCGGCUGCAUAUGCGACGCACCCAUGACCCCGCCUUCGUACCCUUCAUCUGCGACUCGUGCGGUGCCAAGUUCAAGACGAAACAGAACCUGCUAGUGCACAAGCGGACUGUGCAUCGCGAGGGCUCCCAGCUGCCCGAGGUACAGUGCCAGGAGUGCCAGGUGUGGCUGUCCGACGAGAACAGUUUGCGCAAGCACAUGUACAUGCAUCUGGAUGCCGCCUCGCUGCGUCAGUGGAAGUGCGAGCAGUGCGGCCUGGAGAAGGGUUCGCGGGCCAAGCUGGCGGCCCACAUACGCUAUCAUCAUCCGAAGGAAUACCACAAGUGCACGCACUGCGCCAAGGAGUUCAAGAGCAGUCGCAGCCUCGAGGAGCACACAGCCACGCAUACCGGCCAGGAUUUGUACGAGUGCGCCUUCUGCGAGCGCACCUUCAAAAACUCGGGGAACAUGCACAAGCACCGCCGCCAGAUGCACGCCGCCCAGGUGGCCGCCCUGCAGCAGCAGAAGAAGGUGCCGCCCAGCAAGCGCAAGGACAAAGGUGACCUGCUGCUCGACGUCCUGGCCGCUGGAGGCAAGGAUAUGAGCCACGUCAUGGGUGCGGGCGACAUGAAUGACUGAUUGAUUCUAAAAACCAAAUAAACUAGAUUGGAAUGAC